UCUUGAUGGGGACUUUAUUUCCUGUUUUUCCAGCUCUUGAAAGCAGGGUGGAGAGAGAUGUGCAGGUGGUGAGGUGACAUCCAUACACUGGGGAGACUAAUUAUUGAGCUGUAGGCCGCCUUUGCUUUCUGCCUUUUCCCAGAAAAAGUGUCAGGAGAGAGGAGAUCAGAAUAUCCGGGGAGGGAGAAGACACGGCUGAGGAUGAUGUUAGAAAGGCAGGGAGAGACAGGCUCAGCUGGGGAAGGGUGGGGAGAUCCUGGAGCAGGAAUUUUGGCUGGAGAAAGCAGAGCAGGCCUGGACCAGGGAGGAGGGAGGAUGGAGAUAAGACGCGGCACCCCAGGGCCUGGGCCAGAGUGGCUUCUCGAGAAAAACGUGGCCUCUGGAGCAGGAGGAGGCCGCCCACUUGGCCUGGUCACCUGCGCUAUCUCCACACCACAGAACUCCCAGAUCCAGGACAAGCUGGUCUGCCAGUGCUGAUGAAGCUGUGACCAACGGCAUCCACCCCCUGGCAGCCAUCUGGGGCUGCCGCCAUAGCCCGCAUUCCCAUGCUCCGCCUCUGCUUACUUUGGGUCUGUCUCUGUGCAGCCUCCAGGCCCCGCUCUGGCAAUGAACACGAUGCCAGAACCCUGGUGUGCCCCAUGAUGCCCCCUGCCUAGCUCCUUCUCACACUUUGGCAGGAUGUUGGCCAACUCCUCGGCCAACACUUCUACCAACAGCUCUGUUCCCCUGUGCCCUGACCACCGGCCCACCCACCGCCUGCACAUGGUGGUCUACAGCCUCGUGCUGGCCGCAGGGCUCCCCCUCAACGCGCUGGCCCUCUGGGUCUUCCUGCGCGCACUGCGCGUGCACUCCGUGGUGAGCGUGUACAUGUGCAACCUGGCGGCCAGCGACCUGCUCUUCACCCUCUCGCUGCCCCUGCGUCUCUCCUAUUACGCACUGCACUACUGGCCCUCCUCGGACCUCCUGUGCCAGAUAGCGGGCGCCAUCUUCCAGAUGAACAUGUACGGCAGCUGCAUCUUCCUGACCCUCAUCAACGUGGACCGCUAUGCCGCCAUCGUGCACCCGCUGCGGCUGCGCCACCUGCGGCGGCCCCGCGUGGCGCGGCUGCUCUGCCUUGGCGUGUGGGCGCUCAUCCUGGUGUUCGCCGUGCCCACCAUCCUCGUGCACAGGCCCUCGACCUGCAGUUACCGUGGCCUCCAGGUGCGCCUGUGCUUCGAGAGUUUCAGCGACGAGCUGUGGAAGAGCAAGCUGCUGCCGCUAGUGCUGCUGGCGGAGGCGCUGGGCUUCCUGCUGCCCCUAGUGGCCGUGGUCUACUCGUCGGGCCGGGUCUUCUGGACCCUGGCGCGGUCCGACGCCACGCAGAGCCAUCGGCGGGGGAAGACCGUGCGCCUCCUGCUGGCCAACCUCGUCAUCUUCCUGCUGUGCUUCGUGCCCUACAACGCCACGCUGGCAAUUUACGGGCUGCUGCGGGGCAACCUGGUGGUGGCGAGCAUCGCGGCCCGCGAUCAGGUGCGCCGGGUGCUGAUGGUGAUGGUGCUGUUGGCCGGCGCCAACUGCGUGCUGGACCCGCUGGUGUACUACUUCAGCGCCGAGGGUUUCCGCAACACCCUGCGUGGCCUGGGCACUCCGCUUAGGGCCAGGACCUUGGCCACCAACGGUGCUCGGGGGACGCUCGCUGAACGGCCUACUGAGACCAGCCACACCACUGAGCCGCUUGCCGCCAGCCAGGAGCUGCUCAGGCCCUUCAAACCUGGGACGCCCUUCACCCAGCGCCUGGAAGAUACGGCUCUCUGAACACACAUCGUGCUAUAGGGUCACCUGCCAUCCCCACCCCCUCGAGCCUCUCACACUUGCAGACUUUCAGGGUGUGCACAUGAGGGAGGUGGACUGGGCAUUUGGACUUCUGGGUGACAGCCACAGCUCAUAAAUGCAGAAGAGAAAAAAGUGUGGGAGCAAAGGGCACCAGGAAGGUAGAGUGCUGGUGGAAAUAUCUUCUUUAAAUUGGUGGUGAUAUGAACAUGGGGAGGAUCCCUUCCCUAGAAGGAAGUGAUGCUGUGAGCCUGCCGAUGCAGAGGCAGAAGACUGGAUGAAAUGCCCUUGGUGAGGGCAUGAAGCAGUACUGAGAGCAGGCAGAUGGAGCAGAAAAUGGGUGAUCUGGAUUUAGAUGGACCACAGCAGUCUUAGGGCCAUGAAUGCCACCCACUCUCAUUUCCCCUGGGCUUCCCCUGCCCAGCAGUGAGGCAUAAUUCAAGAGUUUAUUGGCUAUGGACAGAAUUAGUUUCCUUCUUGAUUAGUGACUUGUAACAAUUUAGAUCUGACACCCAGCAUAGGGUGGUUGAGGGCAGGGCAAAACCAUGAGUUACAGGGUUUUUUUCCUCCAAGAUUCUGGUCCCUGUUCCCCUUUCUAGGUGGUCCCUUCUCCUUCCACCCCAGCCCCUUUUCGAGACCUCUAUUCUAGGUCCUAAAUUCUAUCUGUCUCUGUUGCUUCAUCUAGAAUAAGAGGAAAAUUCUUUGUACUAAAGUAGCAGUUGUCAGGCUGUUUGAUCUCAGACCGUUUUACACUCUUAAAAAUUGAGGAGUCCAAAGAGCUUUUGCUUAAACUUUGUUCUUUUGAUAUUUACCAUAUUGGAAAUUAAAACUAACAAGUUUUUAAAACAAAUACCCAAGCACACAUUCCAUUAGCUGUGCGAGCAAUAAUGUCAUCACAUUUCAGGAAGCCUCUGGAAAACUCCACUGUAUACUUGUGAGAGAAUGAGAGUGAAAAGGACAGAUGACAUCUUAGUAGUAGUACUAUGAAAAUAGUUUUGACCUCAUGGGCUUCCUUAAAGAGUUGGUCCCCAGAUCACACUUGGAGAGCCAUAACUGUACCAUGCAUAACUUCUUCCCAGGGCAUUAUAUACACUUUUUUUUAUUACUGUGGGGACAGGGUAGUGCUCAAUAAUCAAUUGCUAAUUGUCCUUAAGGCUUGGGGUUUCCUGGGGGGGGCAGGCAAGAGCUGCACACCCAAUGGACGCUACCUUGGGCUUCCUGGAGCGGCAGCCCUGAGGUGGGGGUGGAUCUAGUCACGCAAACACUCAGGCGGAAGGGGUGGGGCUUCUCUGGGGAGGGAAAAGGGAACUGCGACAGACAGGAAAGGAGUUUAGAGGGAAGUAAGAGUGUGAUGGGAGGACAGGAAUAGGCUGUCUGUUCUUAGCAAGCUGGAGGCCAGGGAAAUGGAAGCCUGGCUUCUGAGCCACCUACUGUUUCCUUCCCUCUUUACAGAGUCCAAGUUGGGGGGCUGAGAAGGGUUGCUGAGUUGGCACUAUGACAUCUUGAGACCCUGACAUUAAUGAGGGAGUUGUUGCCAUGCGUGUGUCCUGUGUGCAUUUCUGUCCCUCUGUCUCUCAAUGCUGUAUGUUUCUGUGUGUGUGUGACAGUGUCAUGGUUUUCUUGUGUGUGUCUCUGUGUAUUUUAGUUUGGAAUAAGGCUUUUGUGUGUGUCUUUAUGUGAUCACUCCAGACGGUGAUUUACAGGGGUAAAAUGACCCCUGGUGGCCAAACCAGAGAACUGACCCAGAUUCCUCAGUGAGAGCUGUGAAGUCGGGGCCUUCCACCAUCUGGUGCCAGGUUAGAGCCCUGGGCCAGGCGCUCACCUCCCGCUGCUCUAGAAGAGGCCUGGUGCUUAGCACCUGCUUCAUCUUGCUUCAUCCUUAGGGUUCAGGACCCAUGCCCUUCCAGCCCUGGGAGAACCAAAGGUCGCCAUAGUCCAGUCUCAGUACUUUGUCUUAUCCAAACUGAACUGAAUUGAGCACAAUCUAAAAAAAUUACUUGAGUAUUUUUAUAUAGAGAUACGUGAACGAAUUCUAAAGUAAUGAAAAUUCACAUAGCAAGUGUCUUCUAACAUACUAUAUAAUUUACUUAUUUAUUUAUUAUAAUUUUUAUAGCUUUUGUCUGUCUUCCCCCCUGGUAAAAUGUAAGCUCCCUGGGGGCAGGGAUUUUUGUUCGGUUGCCUCUCUGUUGUGUCCCCAGCAUCUAGAACAUCGCCUGGCACAAAAGAAGUGCUCAAUAAAUAUUUGCUAAGUGGUGAGCAGUUCAA